GCGGAGCAGACUGCUAUGAACAGCUCCGUGUCUCUCACGUCCAGAAAUGUGCGCAGGCUGAAGAAGGAGUCGCAUCUCUGUCUGUGUGUGUCCUCUUCAGACAACAUCACUCUCAUGUCUUUCAUGCUGCACCGGAAGCUUUAGACGAAGGAUACACGCGCACGAAACAAAUCCAACCACUUUGUGUUCAACCAGCCGCUGAAUGCAGAUUUUUGGAUAGCCCUCUCUCUGUGGCGAGGCCAACCUGACUAAUCAUCCAAGGUGUCAAGCCGGUCCCUGUCCGAUGUCCUCUCCCCCCACAGUGUGAUGCGUCAUGGCUCCGGUGCUGAGUGGAGUGUGGUGGGGGCCGGAGGCGGGUGUCGUCGGGUCAGGUGCGGCAGCUGCUACGGGGGUGGCUUCGUGGCUGGGUAGUGGGCAGCUGGUCCUGGUCGUCACCCUCAGCGUACUCACCGCCCUGCUGCUGGUUUCUGUGCUGCUGCUGCUGUGUGCGAGCUGCCAGGGGCAGAAGAAGGCAGUCAAUGGACAUCCAGCCGGAGACCAUGAGAACCUCAUGAAUGGAGUGUCAGAGAGGGAGACGAUCAGCCAAUCAGCAGACAGUCCAGUGACUGACGCAGCAGUCAGCAGCUCUCAUAAUGGUCCUCUUACCAGCGGUACAAUCCUCACGGACACAGGGGACACUAGUCCCCAGCCAUCAGAGGAGAUGCUCUCCAGCCAAUCAGAGCUCAGGUCCUCUAAGUGUCCUCAGGACCGCGAGCUUCCCAGCAUUCCUCCCAACAACGCCCUUAUUGGAGACGGACCCCCAGCCUCAGGGGACAGCACCUAUGAGGUGGUGAAGGAGAUUGCGGUGGCAUCACGUGACGUCAGCAUCGAAGACUCCCUGUACGAGACGGUCAAGGAACUCAAAGACCCCCCUGCACAGCUCAGCCUCCCAAACGGUACCGUCCAGCUGAGCCCCGAUGAACCUCCCCAUCAUCCACCUGCCCUUCUCAACGGCCACCUCAGCCCCUGCACACCUGAGCGGGGGCCCCUGUGCGCAGGGGUGGAGUACGCCUCUGUUGACCUGAAUAAGAAGAGCCGUCACAGCGCCGACAUGGAGGCCAAAAGGCGCUCUGAAAAUGCCAGCGUUACAUCCCACAAGCCUGUGGAGGAACCAGAGGAGGACUUACCUCCGCCAGUACCAGAGAAGGUUCUGGAUGAAAACGACAACCAGCCAGUAGUGAUGAAUGGGCUGGUUGGAGCUGGGCUGCACAAUGGAGAGUUACACUCUCCUCUGUCUCCGGCACCGGGAUUCGACAACCACAUUCUGUCAGACAAUGAGUCAGCAGUGUACUCAACAGUCAACAAAACAAACUGUGACGAUGCAGUGAACGAGGAGGACAAAGAGCACGACUACAGCAGCAUCGCAGAGAUCAAAGGUCUCGUCACAGCCUCUUCCUCCAGUGACCUCUACGCCACGGUCCGAGAUAUCUACGCUCAGCCCGAUGAGCCACAGCCGGGGGAAGACCCCAUCAUGGACAGCACAGAUCCCGGCUACGAAACCAUCCGCAUCCCAAAGACUAGUAGCUCAGAUGAUGACCACAGGGCCGGGCAUGGAGCGGAGGGGUCAGAUGUUGCCAAGGCAGAACCGGACUACGAGAGCGUCGCAGAGCUGGGUCUGGGCCGGGAAACGUCCCGCCUCUGAGUUUUUCUGUCGUCUUCAUAUGUAGCGACUUGGGAGAAGUGUCCUCUCUACCAUCUUACAGACGUCACAGUGGGGCUUUGAGCCUGCUACCAAGCAUGCUUUUGGUGCAUGACUUGGGGAAAGCAGCAGAAAAUGGCUCACUACAGCAUCCACCGUCAAUGCAUGAGUGUCCUCUUGACAGCUCGGGUACGUUUUUUCAUAUCUGAAGUUUUAAUUUAUCAACCAUAAUGAAUGUCAUUGGUACUGGUAGGCCUAGUAGAAAAUGAACUGUAGUACCUCAUUGGGCAUUAAAGCAUAACUUAGGUAUUUUUCAACACGGCCUCUAUUAUGUGUUGACUUAUGGGCACAACAUUUUUUAAAUUUGGUCCAAUAUUGGGCGAGAGGGCUGCUUCCAGCAGACAUGAAAUAGGCUGUAAUGUAACCACUAGGGACAUUCAGCACUGUCAAUGUACAUCCACUAAAAGUAGGACUGCCCCCUAAAACUCGGAGAUUCAUCAGUUUGGUUCAUCAGUUGAAUCAUCAGAUUUUGCCAGUCAGUUUGCUGUGCAGCGCACACCUGGGGACGUUUUGUUCACCAGAUUUUGCUGCGGAGUGAGUGCUCUUGAUUGUUGCCUAAUCUUUGGUAGGGGCUGCAGCAGAUGCAAUGCAGUGGCUUUGAAGAAGAGACACUUUGCACUGUAAGGCUCAAAAAUAACAUAAUCUUCUCUACUCUGCUUAGAAGCAGUGAAUUUACAGCUCACAGUAACUUAAUAUGACACAGCGUCUGACUUUUGUUUGACAUCAAAUGAGCAUUUUUGAUCUGUUGUUAGCACCAUUAGCUUGUUUAGUAAAUCACAUAAGUGCCAAAGUCACACUGAAGGUCCCUCUGAGCCCUGUUUAAACUGUAAAAUUUAAUACUGAAAAGAAAAACAACAAAAGAAGAAUAAUUGAAUAUUCAAAUUGAACCACCAAAUCGAUUUGGCUGACAUAGUUCUGAGUCGAGUACAGGUUGUAGGCUCAUAAUAACAAAUUAAGCCUGUCAGUGGCAGUGACAAGCACUUUUUUAACUCCUUUUAAAAAUCAGUAGCGUGUAUAGAGCCAUCAUAUUUGGGUUAUUUAUUUAUUUCAACCAAACCAGAGUUGUUGAGUGGUGGAACAGUAAAAAGACCAACCAAGAAAGUUUUUGUGAGUUAGAAUUUGUUUUUGUUGACUCUGACAGAUGUGUUUUACGAUGAUAAAAUUCUUGUUUUUUAAAUGGAUUCUGGUGGGUUUUGAUAUUACCACUUCAGAGCAGUAUCCCGUUUAACAAAAAAUAUCCUACUCUUAAACAAAAAAGAUCUCUCUCUGCAGAAAUCCAUAAUUUUGUCGGCACCUGUAAUAACUAUCAGAUUGUCAGCGGCAAAAAAUAAGCACUUUUAGUGGACUUAAAUUGACAGUGCACCAUUACCUCAAGUCUAGGUUUCCAGCAGGUGGCUGCUGGCUGUAGCCCUCUCACGUAAUACUGGACCAAUUAUUAAAAAUUGUUGUUCCCAUUAGUCACUUCGACACAAAAACAUGGGGAAAUAGGAUCCAGGGUGAAAAAUACUAGUUACCCUUUACUCAUGUGGAUGAGAGCACUUUGGAUUGUCAUUAAAUUUACUGUUUUGUCAUUUUGACAGUACAUAUUAUGGACACAUAUGACAACACUUAUGUGAAAAAACAAACAAAAAAAUCAAAUAAACAUCCAGUUGCAACAUACAUGCAGCAUUUCAAGGGUUAGCUGAGUACACUAUCAGUGCCUGUGAUUUAAAAAAAGAAACAACGAAUUCAGUGCCAUAUACUCAUGAAAUUCAUGCACUUACUGUACAUAUGAAGGAACGAUUAUUUGUAUGCCCCUUCUGCAGCUGCUAGUGACUUUCUAGCUUCCUCUAGGUGACUCAGUGUCAUGUUUUAUUGAGGUGUCAGAGGGUGUAUUUCUAGCUAUUCUUUGUCAGGUCUGGCAGCACCUCCCAUGUGCAUCCUCUGCUUAAAAUUCAUGUGAAUGGGCAUGGAGAACAAAAGCCAGUCUCAUCUGUGACCAAAUGGGUAGUUGAAACAAUUCAUUAGAUAACACCACCAAAUAGAAACAAUGACUUUUUGACUGCUAUGUAUAUGUUUUUUUAUUUGAGACUAUAAACUGCAAUUGAGAAACGAGGGAAGGAAGCUUGUUGUUUCACUAAUACAUUGUGAAUGCAUUUUUAGUCGUUUUACAGUCCAUAUCAGCAUUUUUUUGUGAAACUCAUAUUUAUUUGAACAUGCAUAUUGUUGUGUAAUUGUGAAAUUUUAGAUUAUGUCUGUGAGAGAAAAGUAAAUAGAGUUUUCUAGCAUUUUAUUAAGAUACUAAAUGAAAGUGAGUUGUGAAGUAAUUACAAUUGUAAAGGUACGCUUUCCCCUUACAUUUUAAGGAAUGCAUAGUUUUUAAAAAAAAUACAUAUGAUGCUUUUUUUUGGUCAUUUUGCACAGGUGUCAAAACAAAAAUGUGAUAAAAUGACACAACACACUUGUGUUAUUGAUACAGAUGAAUUGACUGUAUAUUUUGGUCAUCAUGUGUUUUUGAGCCUAAGUUUGGUACAGUCUUUAGUUGGCAUCUCUGAUGAUUUUAAAGCACAAGGUUUAAUAUCAUGGUACUGCAUUUAUAUCCAGCUUAUCAAAAGCAUCAUCACAGUCCAGCUACAUCUCUGCACAUUUUAAGUAUCUAAUGCUUUUUAACUUGAACCAUAUCUUUCUAUUUGUAGCUUGUACUGACGACAUGCCAACCAAGGCUUGUAUAUACAUAGAGCAGUAUUUUAACCAACUGUUACGCGCUGGAAGUUUUACGUAAGCUUUUACUUAUUUGUACAAUGUCCAGAGUGGUAUAAUUUUAAAAUUAGUAUGUUGAAAGCACUGAUGUAUGUCUCUGAAGAAGGACAGGGCCAUACUGAAUUGUUUUUUUUGAUUUUAGAAUAAAGUCUUAAUAUUAUGAGAAUGAAGUUGUAAUUUUAAUUUAAAAUCUAAGUAUAACAUUAUUAAACUUGCAAAUUUAUGAGAAAAAAGUUGUUGUAUUAUGAGAUUAAAGGCAUAGCUGUAUGAGAAAAAACAGUUGCAGAUUAAACACAGAUAUCGGCUAACGUAUCAAAAAAAUUUCAAGUCACCUACAUUUGUUACAAGUGAUAUUGUAAUAUUACAUUUUUUCUUACAAAUUUACAUGUUUAAUCUUGUAAUAUUAUGACUU